AUGGGUUGGUGGUGGUCAUCAGAUUCGACAGCGGCUCCUGUUACGGAGUCUGCUCCCUCAAGCACAGUGCAAACACCGACGCCAGUUUCAACAACAUACAGAGAAGCACCCAAGAAGGCCUCACCAGACAGCGACUUCGAGGCGCUAUUCGCUUCCUUUGAGAAACCCUCAACAACGACGGAACCAACAAAUUCAAGACCACAGCCUUCAGUCAUGGCACCAGAAAUCCAACAUGUAACGCCAGCCCCAAAAGAAACACCCACACGCUACGUNCCCUCGCCCUCGGGCUCAAUCGAGCAGCAAUCCGAAUCCGAUGCACCNCUCGACAUCUCCCCCGAAGCCCUCUACCCACGCCAAAUGUCCUGCCGUCAAGCCUUCGACCAAGCGUUCUACUGCCAAUCGCUCGGCGGCAAGUUCAACGACAUCUACCGUUAUGGCGAACUGCGCAGCUGCUCCGACAACUGGAAUGCUUUCUGGUUCUGCAUGCGCAUCAAGACUUUGCCCGACCGCGAGAAGGAAGAGCGUAUCAAGGAGUUUUACCAGGCAAAGGAUGAACAGAACAAGGCCGAGAAGGGCAGUUCGGAAAAGAUUUGGGAUUUGAGGACUGAGCCUGUCAAGAAAGCUUUCUGGAGGGACCCUGAUGAGGUGACUGAGAAGAGUUGA